UGAAUCGUUGCAGAUACUAAGAACCUGCGAAUGCCUAGUUAGAACAACAAUCGCCACCUUUGACGCCCUCCAUCUUUGGUACUGCUGUCCUCAAAAGAAGGCAUAGGUGACAAAAGGUACGGGGUAGUUUUGCCUCACCUUUCGAAGAUCCGACCUCGCAAGUCUGUCCAAGAUGAAAACUUUAUUUGCUUUAGGAGUCAACAUGCUUCGCUGAACAGACCAGGCAACCAAGCACAUUCUCGUGGCUCAACUCCACUAUUCACCUUCGUCCACCGGCUACUGUCUAUGACCCAUGGUUGAGCGACGUCUCCGGCCUCACCUAUGACGCCUUGCCGCAACACCAACCAAAGUUUCGGACCUAGAUCUCAACUGAAGUUUGGAGAUUCCAAGAGGGCGGAAAUGUCGAUCCGGACUCGGCGCAGACGCCGGCGACGAUUCCACCCUCCCUUUCUUCCACCCACCGAACCAACCCCGAGUUAGCCUGUGAUCUAGCCGGCCAAAACUGCACGAUAACCGUCCACGAAUCGUCACCAGAGAAAAGGAAUGGAACAACACACAGGUCGAAGCAGUGACUGGCACGCCUGCUGGGAAGAUACCAGCAUGGAAUGGCCAAGUUCUUAGUGAUCCAGAGCAAGGCGUCGAACACUACCGGCCAGACUAGCACAUGGUUACGAUCCCAAGCGCUGUGAACGGUGGCCAUGACACAGCCGAUACCCCUUGAUGAGUUUGGGAUAUGAUAUAUCUACGUCGGCGGGGUCCAAGGCUGAAGAGUCCCGAUAUUCGGUUUCUUCGCCAUCCACCCACAGCUGUCACUCGUUUCAGUCUUGCAGGUCCGCCCCCCCCCUCCCCCUUCUUUCAGUUGCGUCUGCCCUUGGUACAGAAAGACACUCUCUCGUCUCCAGUCAGCCACCAUGAAGGCCUCUUCUAUCGCUACGGCCUUGGCCGGUGGCAUAACCAUGCUCUCAGCGGCGGUGCAAGCCGAUCCGGUGAUGAUGAACUCGUCUGUUCUGGAAGCCCUCCACGAGGCAGACCGGAGGCCACAAGAGCUCAUCGGUGACCUUCAAUGGCUUCAACCUCGCCAGAUGAGCCCCGUUUCCCACUUGAUCAGAUCAAUUCUGGUCGAUGGCUUCGAUGCUCAAUCGAAUGAGCAUUACCAAUACGUACCUCCCUUGCGUUCGGCCGCUUGUGCUCGAGACACUUGCUGCGUCUGGUGGUACAUUGCCAAAGAAAUGUCACAACUCUUCCGUGGCACUGAUGGGCAAUGUACAGAUGCCGCCCGAGGUGCCAUCCGCACCGGAUUUCACGAUGCCGGCGCGUGGUCCAAGACUACGGGCGAUUUCGGGGGUGCUGACGGGUCCAUCGUCCAUGCACCCGAGGAGAUGCUUCGCCGACCAAACAAGGGACUUCAAGAGAUUGUUCAACAGUAUAAGUUUUGGUACGACCGCUGGAGCCAUUUCGGUGUUAGCAUGGCCGAUUUGAUCCAGAUGGGCGCCAAUGUCGCUACUGUUGUUUGCCCUCUUGGCCCCCGCAUCCGCUCCUUUGUUGGCCGCCGAGACAACUUCAAGCCUGCUCCAGACGGACUUCUCCCCAGCCCUUUCGACCCUCCCGACAAGGUCGUCGCCAUGUUCCGUGCCAAGACUAUCCAACCGCUCAGCCUUGCCGCCCUGCUCGGUGCUCACUCCACCAGCCGCCAACGUUUCUUCAAUCCUGCGCGUGCUGGCGCCCCCCAGGACAGCACCCCAGGUGUUUGCGACGUGCUGUUCUACCGCCAGACUCUGGCUGCCCGCUCCCCUCCUGAUGUCUUCCGCCUCCCCAGCGAUGUCGUCUUGGCUGAGCACCCCCUCCUGUUCCCGGCCUUCAAGGCUUUUGCCGGACCUGGUGGCCAGCCUCUUUGGGCUCAUGAAUACGCCCGCGCGUACCUCCGGCUUAGUCUUCUCGGUGUUUUCAACAUCAACAACCUGACCGACUGCACCCGGGUGCUACCGCCGAGAACGCUCAAGUGGUGAGGUUGGCACGGCGAUACUUGCCGUGGCUGAUCGAUGGGAAAUGGGACGCGCAAGAACAUGGCAUGGCCUGAGACUAUGGAAAAAUAUCACGGGACUGGACUUGGCUUGGAAAAAGGCUGGAAAAGAAGGAAGGAAAACGGCACAAAAUAAGUAAAUAAACACGGGGAGCAAGUACUUGGACUGGAUGGACAUACCGUAGUUGGAAGUAGAUCGAUUUUCAUACCACUACCAUAAUUCGUUUCACUGUUGUUUGUGGAGCAACAUCAUUGGAAAGCAGCACAAGGUCGACAACAUCAAUCAGCAUGCGGCUUUCGAGCCCUGAGUUCUUGGCACCCCCUUUUCACGCCAAGACUUUCACAGAUCCGAAAGCAAAAUCCAUGAUCUAUUCUCAGCAAAACAAGCCAACCUAGCAAAGUCUCUUUUCUAUAUAUCACCCAACAUCUUCGCCUACCAACAUAUCAUAUUGCCUCGCUCUUCUUGACUCCACAAUCACAUCACACCACCAGUACGCCCAGCAUCAUCAGCACCACCACCAGUACUAGACCCUCUCCUCCUGAUCCUCGCGAUAAUCGCCGGCCUCCUCACCCGCGGACGACCAACAACCGCAUCAGCCAUCGCAGCAACAACGCCAGACUGCGCACCACCAGCAACACCACCCCCAGGAGGCGGAAACCGACCAACACCACCACCACCACCCCUCCUCUCAUCAAUAACAACCACCGCCCCCUCCCUCUCCCACCGCCUCCGCACCCCCCCAGGCCCAGCCCACCGAGCCUGCACCGACGGCCCCAGCGGCGGUCCCUUUCCCCCAUCCUUGAAC